UAUUUCUCUUUUAAUUUUUGUCCUUACUUUUAAAAUCUUCGUUAAGUUUUUAUUUCUUUCUCCUACUUGACGGAACAAUUCAAAUGUAUUCGUAACUUCACAAACAAACUUUAUUGACUGAAACAGGAGGAUCGUGGUCCAACAGAUGGAGCUGUGGAGAUCCGCCUUCAGCAGAGGAAUGAAAGAACAGCGGAUUCGGAUCUUUGGGCGUCUGGUUUGGAAACCGAAAUUUGCUGCUUUCAUAUAAACUCGUCAGUCAGUCUCUAGUGGAUUUGAUUACAGUUGUCGCUGUCCUUCGAGUGAGAGUGAUUCAGAAACUAACAUUACCAAUUAAAAAUCAGAUUUCGCUGAGAUCUGCAACAUUAUGAAGAUCUCUUUCAGUAUCGGUCUGCUUAUACUAAUAAUGUGCGUGUUUGGAGCUGAUGGAGAUGGAGUGAAGAGAGUGUCAGUGAUGGAGGGAGAUUCUGUCACUCUAGACACUGGUGUUACUGAAAUGCAUAGAAUUAAUAGGAUACAGUGGAUGUUUGGAGAUGAUGAGAAGGUCAUUGCUGUAAUGUAUGAAAAUGACAAGAAGAUCUCAUAUCCCCUCAAAGACACUGAGAGAUUCGGAGACAGACUGAAGCUGGAUCAUCAGACUGGAUCUCUGACCAUCAACAACAUGAGAAUCACAGACUCUGGAGAUUAUGAAGCACAGAUCGAUCACAGCACUGAAGGGCUCUCAUAUAAGAGAUUCACUGUGACUGUCUCUGGUCCGUCUCCAGUUCUGACAGAAGGUCCAUCUCCAGGUGCUAAAGCAGGAAUAGCUGUUGUUGUUCUGUUGGUGUUUUCUGCUGUUGCUGCUGUUUUUUACUAUCGACACAGAAUCUGUGAUCUAAAACGUUUAUUGGAAGCCGAGGUCUCUGAACGACAGUCAGAAACGGAAUUUGUAGAUGGUGUUGUGACAGAUGAAGAGGCAGCCUCUGAACAACUAACAAGUAAAACAUUUGAAGAGAGGACAGUAUCAGUAAAGGAGGGAGAUUCUGCCAUUCUCAAGACUGAUGCUGAAAUACAGAGAGAUGAUCAGAUCCUGUGGACGUUUGGACCUCAAGACUCUCUAAUAGCUGAAACUAAAAGUGAGACCACUGAGAUCGCAACAUAUGAUGGUCCUAAUAGGAGAUUCAGGGACAGACUGAGGCUGGACAAGACGACUGGAUUUCUCACCAUCUCAAACAUCACAGCUGAACACAUUGGAGUCUAUGAACUACAGAUCAGCAGCGGCAGAGGAACCUUGUUCCAGAGAUUCAUUGUGACUGUCAGAGUCGUGAUGAGAUCAGCGGUGGAGGGAGAAUCGGUCACUUUAUACCCUGACACUGAAGUACAGAAAGAUGAUCUGAUCGUGUGGACAUUUGGAUAUGAAGACACUCUCAUCGCUCAAAUGACUGGAAAGACCAGAGAAACGUAUGAAGGUACUGAUGGGAGAUUCAGAGACAGACUGAAGCUGGACAAGAGGACUGGAUCACUGACCAUCAACAGCGCGAGAACUGAACACUCUGGACUUUAUAAACUACAGAUGAGCAGCAGCAGCAGAGGAACCACAAACAAGAGAUUCAAAGUUGCUGUGAAUUUGAAGAAAAUAUCAGCUAAGGAGGAAGACACUGUCACUCUGAGGACCAAUACUGUAGUGCAUAGAAAAGAUCAGUUACUGUGGAUCUUUGGAGAUGAAAACUCUCUCCUAGCUGAAAUCAAAGGAGGGAUUGGAAAGAUCUCUACAUUUGACAUUGCCGAUGGGAAAUUCAAAGACAGACUGGGCUUGGAUGAGAAGACUGGAUCACUGACAAUCAGACAUAUCACAACUGAACACGCUGGAGUCUAUACACUGAAGCUCGUCACCAGCAAAGCGACAACAGUCAGAAGAUGCAAUGUUGUUGUCAAAGUGUUGAAGAUAUUAGGGAAGGAGGGAAACAGUGUGACUCUUAAUCCUGAUGCUGAAAUACAGAGAGAUAAUCUGAUCCUGUGGAGGUUUGGAAACAAUCCCAUAGCUCAACUGACUGGAGAGACCAAAGAGACGACAUACACUGAUGCUGACGAGAGAUUCAGAGACAAACUGCAGCUGGACAAGAACACUGGAUCUUUGACCAUCAGAAACAUCACAAAUGGACCUUAUAAACUACAGAUCAUCAGCAGCAGAGGGACCUUGUCUAGGAAAUUCAGAGUUUUCAUGUGUUGUGAAUCCGGUCCGAAGACAAUGUCAGUGAUGAUGGGAGAAUGUUUAAUUCUAAUCACUGAUUUUAACAUAGAAAGAGAAGAGAGGGUACAGUGGAGCUUUGGAGCCAAAACUCUAGCAACUGGAAUGAAUGGAGACUCAAAAAAGACUUCAUACGGUGAUGAUGAGAGAUUCAGAGACAGACUGGAGCUGCACCAUCAAACGGGAUCUCUCACCAUCAAAAACACCAGAACCAGCGACACUGGAGUUUAUCAACUAAAGUUCUGCAGCAGAAGCGGAGAGAACAUUUGCUGGGAAUUUAGCGUUACUGUCAGUGAUUACACAGGAAACAGAGUGAAUAAAUCAACAGUUAUAAUGAUGAAUGGAGAGGAUCCUGUUUGAAUGUGCAGCAGUCAACAAGUUUAGUUUGAUAAGAUAAGACACGCCCACCAGCGUCAAUCACAUCAACAACUGAGUUCAGUUUUACAUGCACUUCUCAAAUACAUCCACUGAAAGUGAAAAAUAAACAUGUGAAUGUCAGAAAUAUCAUAUGUUUGUGUGAACCACAGCAGUAUUUCUCAAACUGUGCAUUUAUGCUGUUUUAUAUAAUAAUACGGAUAGUUCACCCAGUAUUUUUAACAGUUAUCAAGAUUGAGACAAAAACCUAGGAACUAGUUCACUAAAGUACGAAUUUCAUGGGCGUGUGCGAAAAAUUGCACGAUACACAAUUGUUUGCGCACAUGAAAAAGCGCAGAAAUCGGUGGACGGUGGCCGAUGGCGGACAUGUUUUUUGAAAUACGUCAACGUCCUUGUAGACAGUCAUGGCACCUCGAG